AUGCCCGUCCCCCGUACUCGGCAACGAGCAGUCAACAACGAAAACGAUGAGAAUUCUGUGACACAAACAACCCGGCUGACCCGAGCAAAAGCCGCCGGUCUGGCGAGCACCGACGACACCACCUCUGUCGCGAAGAAGCCCCUGCAAACCAAGAAGUCCGCAACAGGAACACUGAACGGGGCGACGAGACGUCGCGCGUUGGGGGACGUGACCAAUGCCGCAAAAGGUGUAGAAGUGGUACUGGACGGGAAGAAGGCAACGGCAGGCAAAGUUGGGUUACAGUCAAAGGUCGCUCAACCAACCGCUGGCGGCGUUCAGAAGCUCUCUCGAACCAACUCCUCAAGAGCCGCCCUCGGCGUCAAGGACAACAAUGUCAAGCCAAAAGCAUCCGCUGAGCUCAAGAAACCGGGAAGUGGCUCUGGUGUCCUGGGAAACACUGGCAAGAGAAGGACGCAAGCCUCCGCAUCUACCGCGCCCUCGUCGAAAGAUGUCACUCCAGAUGUCGAUGAACCCCCCCGCAAGAAGUCUUGCACAGAGGAGGCCGUCGAAGAAGCCCAAGCUCAGACCGAGGAGAUCCACGACGUCGUUGCUGACCUGGAUGCCGAAGACCUAGACGACCCGUCCAUGUGCGCCGAAUACGUCCGCGAGAUCUUUGAAUAUUACUUCGCCCUGGAGAAUGUCACGCAGCCUAACCCGAACUACAUGGAUCAUCAAGACGAUCUCGAGUGGAAGAUGAGAGGCAUCCUCGUCGACUGGUUGAUCGAAGUGCACACCCGAUUUAGGCUUCUGCCCGAAACCUUGUUUCUUGCCGUCAACAUUGUCGAUCGCUUCCUCUCGCAAAAGGUUGUCCCUCUCGACAAGCUCCAGCUUGUUGGCAUUACUGCCAUGUUCAUCGCCUCCAAAUACGAAGAAGUUCUUUCGCCCCACGUUGGCAACUUCGUCCACGUCGCUGACGAUGGUUUCACAAUUGAAGAGGUUCUGAGUGCUGAGCGCUACACCUUGUCGACACUCAAAUACGAUCUUAGCUAUCCAAACCCCAUGAAUUUCUUGCGAAGAAUUUCGAAGGCCGACAACUAUGACAUUCAGACCCGCACACUGGGAAAGUAUUUGAUGGAAAUCAGUCUCGUGGACCACCGCUUCUUGGAAUACAAGCAGAGUCAUGUUGCAGCUGCCGCCAUGUACCUUGCUCGCAUGAUACUUGAGCGUGGUGGAUGGGACGCGACACUGACCAAGUUUGCUGGCUACAACGAGGAGGAGAUUUUGCCCGUCUUCGACCUCAUGAUCAGCUAUCUUGAAGCACCAGUUGCACACGAGGCGCUAUUCAAGAAAUAUGCGUCCAAGAAGUUCCUCAAGGGUAAGUCCAAGACCCAGUGUGAGUUGUCGUCAACCCGAGGCUAA